CAGUGUAAAAAUAUCUUUCACAAGUCGUUCGUCGUUUUGUAGCGUCGGUGCCGGUUCUAUGCUCCACUGUGUGCUGGUUCGAUGAGUGACGAAAUAUAGGAGAGAUAUUUGUGAUGCAUACGUCUACAUGUACUAGUGAUUUUUGCUCUAACUCGCGUUUUAACUGAUACAUUUGAUAUUAUCGAUGGCGUUGGGUAAUGGGACGACCCCCAACGGGGGUGUCACCCAGGAAAAAGCCCCAGUGGUUAACGGAACAAACAUGGAAACUUUGCCCAGAUCGGAAAAAAAGAGUGACUCCAACACUUCGUUUCUGAGAGCUGCAAGAGCCGGACAAUUGGACAAAAUUAAGGAAUAUCUGGAUACGGGAAUGAUAAAGGACAUAAACACUUCGAACGCUAACGGCUUGAACGCUCUCCAUCUAGCUGCUAAAGACGGACAUAUCGAAAUUGUACAGGAGCUGCUGAAGAGAGGUGCAAUUGUUGAUGCUGCAACAAAAAAGGGAAACACAGCCUUACACAUAGCUUCUCUUGCUGGUCAAGAAGAAGUUGUUAAGAUCUUAGUUCAAAAUGGUGCAUCCCUGAACGUUCAGUCCCAGAAUGGCUUCACACCUCUUUAUAUGGCUGCUCAAGAGAAUCACGAUGGUUGUGUGAAAUUUCUUUUAUCGAAGGGGGCCAAUCAAGCAUUAGCUACUGAGGAUGGGUUCACUCCUCUAGCCGUAGCUAUGCAACAAGGGCAUGACAAAGUCGUGGCAGUGUUGCUAGAAAAUGACACUAGAGGAAAAGUUCGACUGCCUGCCCUACAUAUAGCGGCAAAGAAGGACGAUGUCAAGGCAGCUGCACUUCUACUGCAGAAUGAACAUAAUCCAGACGUUACAUCGAAGAGCGGAUUCACUCCCUUGCACAUUGCUGCCCACUACGGAAACGACAAAGUCGCUUCUUUGUUAUAUGAUAAGGGAGCCGACGUGAACUACACUGCCAAACAUAAUAUAACACCUCUACACGUAGCCAGCAAAUGGGGAAAAAUCAAUAUGGUGUCACUUCUAGUUGCGAAAGGUGCUGACAUACAGGCAAAAACGAGAGAUGGGCUUACUCCUCUACACUGUGCUGCCAGAUCCGGCCAUGACCAGGUCGUAGAUAUGCUGCUGGAAAACGGAGCACCAAUGCAUUCUAAAACUAAGAAUGGAUUGGCACCUUUACACAUGGCAGCUCAAGGAGAACAUGUAGAUGCUGCAAGAAUUCUUCUUUACCAUGGUGCUCCUGUGGAUGAAGUCACAGUUGACUACCUCACUGCCCUUCAUGUAGCUGCCCAUUGCGGUCAUGUAAGAGUUGCAAAAUUGCUCUUGGAAAGAGGCGCAGAUCCGAAUGCGAGAGCGCUAAAUGGAUUCACUCCCCUUCACAUUGCAUGUAAAAAGAAUAGGAUAAAGAUGGUUGAACUUCUGCUGAAACAUGGAGCGAGCAUCAGUGCAACAACUGAAAGUGGUCUCACCCCGUUACAUGUUGCUAGUUUUAUGGGGUGCAUGAAUAUUGUGAUAUACUUACUACAGCACGAUGCUAGUCCAGAUAUACCUACUGUACGUGGGGAAACACCUUUGCAUUUGGCAGCUAGAGCAAAUCAGACUGACAUAAUCAGAAUACUGCUGAGGAAUGGUGCAGCUGUUGAUGCUAAAGCUAGAGAAGAACAAACUCCACUUCAUGUGGCUUCCAGAUUAGGCAAUGUAGAUAUUGUUAUGUUGCUACUCCAACAUGGGGCCAAACCUCAAGCUACCACGAAAGAUUUAUACACUCCUUUACACAUAGCCGCUAAAGAAGGUCAAGAAGAGGUUGCAUCAGUUCUACUAGAGAAUGGCGCCGAUUUGACGGCUACCACAAAGAAGGGAUUCACGCCUCUGCAUUUGGCCGCUAAAUACGGUCAUUUGAAUGUUGCCAGGCUUUUACUUCAGAGGGAUGCUCCUCCCGAUGCACAAGGUAAAAAUGGGGUUACGCCGUUACAUGUGGCAGCUCACUACGAUCAUCAGCCAGUGGCUUUGCUCUUAUUGGACAAAGGAGCUUCACCACAUGCUGUUGCGAAAAAUGGACAUACACCUCUUCAUAUCGCAGCUAGAAAAAAUCAGAUGGAUAUCGCCACAACACUUCUGGAGUACGGUGCUAAAGCUGAUGCUGAGUCUAAGGCCGGAUUUACACCAUUACAUUUGAGUGCUCAAGAAGGUCAUUCGGACAUGUCCUCUCUUCUUCUGGAACAUCAAGGAAAUGCCAACGUGGCAGCUAAGAAUGGUCUCACACCCCUUCAUCUGUGUGCUCAAGAGGAUCGAGUACCAGUCGCUCAGUUGCUGCUGAGAGCAGGUGCUCAAAAGGAUACGAAAACCAAGCAGGGAUAUACUCCCUUGCACGUGGCUUGCCAUCAUGGUCAUGUAAAUAUGGUGCGACUUCUUAUAGAACAGGGUGCUGAAGUUAAUCCGGUGACCAGCGCGGGUUACACUCCGUUACAUCAGGCAGCUCAGCAAGGUCACGUGUUAGUGAUUAGUUUGUUGCUAAAGAAUAAGGCCGAUCCUAACGCCGUGACAAAUAGUGGUCAAACGGCAUUAGGAAUCGCCAACAAAUUGGGUUAUAUCAGUGUUGUCGAAGAACUGAAGGUGGUGACCGAAACUGAAAUAACGACUACAACUACCGUCAACAUAGAGGAGAAGUACAAGGUAGUUGCACCAGAAGCCAUGCAGGAGACAUUCAUGUCCGACUCCGAAGACGAAGGUGGCGGAGUGGACGAGCCUCCAGUGGCUUACGGUCGACCAACGCAUGCGCAGCACGUUUAUCUACCCUUCUACCAAGGCAAUAUGACGUAUACACGCGACGAUCCCCUAUCCAGUGAUCAUCAUCAGUACAAGUAUAUGACUUUCGAUGACAUGAAAUCGCUGGGAGACGAUUCGAUGAAACUAGAUGUGACGAACGACGAGAAGAACGAGUACAGAAAUUCUAUGGCUCCUUCACAAAUCAGCGGCGAAUUGAUAAUCAAUCCAGUACAAGCCAAAGAAUAUAAUUCUGCACCAUCGGCUCCAGACAAUGUAGAUAUAGUAAAACCACCUAUCACUGCAGGCUUCCUUGUAUCAUUCCUGGUUGAUGCAAGAGGAGGUGCUAUGCGAGGAUGUCGACAUUCUGGAGUGCGAGUUAUAGUUCCACCAAAAUGCGCAGGAAGUCCUACACGCAUCACUUGCAGAUAUGUGAGACCUCAAAGAACACCACACCCUCCACCUCUGAUGGAGGGAGAAGCUCUGGCUAGCAGGCUUCUCGAACUUGGACCAGUUGGAGCCAAAUUCUUGGGACCAGUUAUCAUAGAAGUGCCACAUUUCGCUUCAUUAAGAGGAAAACAAAGGGAAAUUAUUGUUUUGAGAUCAGAAAAUGGGGAAACCUGGAAAGAACACACAUUGGAAGCGAACGAGGAGGCUGUGCAAGACGUAUUGAACCAUAGCUUCGAUGGCGAAGAGCUGAGUCAAAUCGAAGAUCUACACACUAACAGGAUAACACGUAUCCUAACCAAUGAUUUUCCACAUUAUUUCGCUGUCGUAUCUAGAAUUCGACAGGAAAUACACGCCAUUGGUCCUGAUGGAGGAACCGUAUCAAGUACUGCUGUCCCUCUGGUGCAAGCUGUAUUUCCACCAAACGCACUAACGAAGAAAAUAAGAGUUGGUUUACAAGCCCAAGCUAUUGAGACUGAGAUAGUCUCAAAACUUCUGGGUCAUGGAGUGGCAAUUUCUCCAAUUGUAACUGUAGAACCAAGACGAAGAAAAUUCCACAAAGCAAUCACAUUGAGUCUACCUGCACCAAGAGCUCAUACACAAGGAAUGAUCAAUCAAUAUUCUGGAUCUGCGCCAACUCUCAGACUGCUCUGCUCGAUCACAGGAGGACAAAAUAAAGCUGUAUGGGAGGACGUCACUGGUUCCACCCCCUUGACAUUUGUCAAAGAAUGCGUAUCGUUUACUACCACAGUUUCAGCUAGAUUUUGGCUUAUGGAUUGCCGAAAUGUUUCCGAUGCAGCUAAGAUGGCAACAGAAUUAUAUACACAAUCUACCCAUGUUCCCUUCAUGGCAAAUUUCGUUGUUUUCGCCAAAAGGGUAAAUCAGCACGAAUGCAGGAUUAGGGUUUUCUGUAUGACUGAUGAUAAAGAGGACAAGACAUUGGAGCAUCAGGAACAUUUCACUGAAAUAGCGAAAAGUCGCGAUGUUGAGGUACUAGAAGGAAAGGAUAUAUUCUUGGAAUUCACUGGAAACCUGGUGCCCGUACUUCAAUCUGGCGAUCAGCUGAAGUUGGGAUUCAAGGCAUUCAGAGAGAACAGGCUUGCUUUCACUGUCCGUGUAAAGGAUGUGGAUGAAAAUGCUGCUGGAAGAUUGAUUUUCAUGAAUGAUGCCAGAGUGGCCAGGGGAGAGCCCAAUCAAACACCACUUUGUACUCUGAACUUCAUAUUACCAAAAGAAGUUCUUUCUGAUUCGCACUCAGAUCUUUUAGCAUUAGACAAGGACCAUAGCUACCUUCAUCAUGGUGGUAUCAGUAAACCUGACACUAUCCACAGAGCGGAUUUCAAACUCUCUGAUAUUUGCAAUCUUUUGGAUGAAGACUGGGAAAAAUUAGCACCAGAACUGGAUAUACCACCAUCCGACAUCGAAAUAAUCAAGCAAGAAUAUCAAGAAAACAAACCACAGCAAGCUAUGAUAAUGUUCAGACUGUGGCUGAGACAGAAAGCUAACAAUGCUACUGGAAACCAACUGGAACUGGCAUUGAGGAAGAUAGGCAGACAAGAUGUGAUAGACAAAUGCAUUUGCAACGUAGAGUUAGUAACGGAUGAUAUGGAAAGAGCUUUGGCGAAAGUCCGAUUAGACCAAUCCGGUUUCGACACUCUUCGUGAAGAAAUUGGUUCGAGGGACUCUUCGUUGAGAAGGGACGGUACUUUGGGAUCAAUGAAAAGAGACGGGGUUAUUUUCCAGGAUGAUUUAGAUAGGAGUGAAAAAUCAGAUGUUGGGAGCUUUGAAAAACAAAUAAUCAUUAGUGAAAGAAAUGGUUAUGUAGAUAAUGAAAUUUUGGCCAACGGAAACAGUUCUCCCAAUGCGAAUCAAAAAGUUUUCAAAAUCAUUACGGAUCAGCUUACAUCUACACCUACAAUGAAAAUGAAAAAUGAAGACCAUAAUGCCAACACUCCACCUCCUAGUCCAGCAGAAUUCAAUCAGCACACACAGGAAGUACAUGAAGAUAGAAGAAUAAACCAAGAAGAACCGGUAUUUUGCUCAACACCUAAGAAGUCGAUAAUCAUGGAUUCAAUCGAGAUUCUUAAAAAAAAUGUAGGAGAUACGUUAACUUUCCUGCAUCAAGAACGAAACGAUUUUUUACCCGAAGAUGACAUUAUUAUACCCAGUCGAAAAGACGAUCACGUCUCCAAGGAAAUUGACUUGAACUGCAUCAGUGCUAAAUCUCCGAAGAAAAAUGAAAAUUACAAUCUCACGAAUAUGAGGAAUGAAGUUGAAUAUCAAUUAUCUGAAGUGAUAAAGCAGGCAGAGGAUACUGUGAAUGAACUGAAAGCAAAUGUUGACGACAAAUCUGACAGCCUACUUGACGAUAACAAAAAUACAACAGAAGAUACAUUAGACAACUUAGAAAGCUUGAAAGACGAUUCUAUCUCGAAUGCUCAAGAAAAAAGCGAAGAAGCCUUCAAAUUUUUAGAAAAUGAAGCAUCUAGUCCUUUACCUUUGAAUAAGAGACUACCUGAAGAUCUCACCUUCAUUCAGAAAGAAAUUGAUUCAAUUAAGAGUGAGGAAGAUCCUCUUAGGUCUAUUCCAUCAACAUUGACUUCGAAGGAUUCUAUGACGACACCAAUUGUCGACCACUCUUCAGAAUCGAAUCUGAUUGAACGAAAUCACGAAUGUUCAUCCCCUGAAAAUGACUUAUUGAGUCGCAUACCAAUCAGCACGAAAGAUGGCAAAGUGAAAACCAUAAAAAAACAUUCAAAGGAUCCGUUGAAAGAAUUCGUAAAGUUAUCGCAAGAUUUCAACUGGGACGAGGAAGGUAAACAUCGAAUUGUUCAAACGACCACAGUUACAGAUCCAAUAGUUAAAACAACCGUGACAAGAAUCACAACUAAGGAUGAUGACAUUCCUGUGUUACAUGACGAAACCCUACCACCUCAAAUAACAGACCAAAUUCUCAAGAGUAAAAUUCCAGUACUGAAAACCGAAACUACGGUUGUUGCACCUAUCGAAUUUCAAGAAACCAGAGUCACAGAAACAAUAACUUCACCAAUUUCUGUGGUUUCUACCAAGAGUAGUACACUAGAUUCCGAUUCUGAAGAAGACAGCCAUCGGAGUCCACCGUUGAAGGGGGUGAUGAGGAGAGCGGUGGGAAGUUCUAGCGGAUCAGAUGUGGCACUCCAUGAAGAGGGAGCCGAAUUGAGUGAGGAUGAAUCAGCAUCACAAAAGACCCUAAAGACAUGGCAUGUACUUACCCCUCUAGUAUGGUCACUUGUUGCAUUGGCAACCAGCAUGAUCGUGUUGGCACUACUUGCACAAUCUUGACUAUAUGUAUUACGCGGACAAUAAAAACAUACAGCCAAACAUUUACAUAUGGUAAAGAAGGACAGUGAUGUGAUGUACCCCUGCUAUCAAUUAACCUUGGAGGAUAUCGAAGGAGAUAUAAAUUUUUGAAUGAUAAAUAUCCAAAUUGUAUUCAGUAACAAUUUGAACUUUCGAACGCCAACGAUAUUCUGAUGUGGAUAUAGUUUGUUCAAAAUUUUAUUUUUGCAAUUUUAUAUGUUUUUAUUUGAAUGAAUCAAAAUGAAAUUUGUAAAUUAUGUAACUACUUAAAUAUUUAUAUAAUAUAUUGCAUAAAACUAAGUUAUUUCUGAAAGAUGACUACUCUAGUAGGACAUGAAUUCAAUAAUGAGUCAUUUGCGUAAGUAUUCAAAAGUUAUGUUUUGUUGACUAAAGAAAUAAUUUUGCAUAACUAGUGCCUAGUAUAACAUGACUUUUUGAGAGAUUAUUAAUCCGAUUAAUAUAUUAGGAGUAAUAAAGAUUUAUUGUUAUGAACCCUUUUUCAGAGGUACUAAGAUUUCCAUAUUUGUUGAAAUUGGAAUAUUCUAUUGUAGAUUUGAUAUAUUGGUAUAUGUUUACGCUAUUUCAAAUGAUUAUGUAAUGAAGAAAGAUGUAGAAAGGUUGAAUUUUUCUCUUUUUUGAAAUAAACACAACAUCAAGUCAUUAA